CAGAGAUUUUGGAUUCCUCCAAAACAAGGGAAGUUUAAGAAUUAGUUUGAUGUUUCACGUUCCAAAUCAAGGGCUGGAAGGUGUAGUCAGUAUUUUCAGAGAUUCUGGAGGCUUUAUGACGGAAGUUGCGUUCCUUGUUUAUUCUAAACGACCUGUCGUUCCGUUCUCCAAAGAGUCGUGCGAGUAUAGAACGAUUGGCUUUUAAUCAGUCACCACUCACCAGACACCAGUCCACUAUAAAGGACUCGCAAUUAGCAACGGCAAGUCGUAUUUAAGUCUACAAAAACAACCAAAAAACUCGGCCGUCCGUAGUUUGUUGAGUUAGCCUUGGGUCCUUGCAACCCUCUCUCCUCCUUACCAGCGAAAAUAGUAGAAACAAAUGGCGUCGUCGUAUGCUAUUUCGAGAACUGAAGUACUCUCUCUGUACCGCUCUCUUCUACGCACAGCUCGCCAGUUCUCCGACUAUAACAUCAGAGAAUACACGAAGCGCCGCACUGACGACGCCUUUCGCGAAAACCGGAACCUAUCGGACUCCUCUUCCAUCUCCGCCGCUUUCUCCGACGGCAAGGCUCAGCUCGACAUCGCUAAACGACAGGCUAUUGUCUACUCCCUCUACACCACCAAAAUCAAGAGUGUCAUGGAGACCAAUUCCUAUUCUUCUUCUUCUUCUUCUUCUUAGAUAAAAAUAUUGAAAGUAAAAGCACCCUCGCUUUCAAGAUGAUGCUGGGUAAUUUCAUUUAUCUUCAUUUCAAUUUGCAAUAGAUGCUGUUGUAUUUCUUGUUACUGGCAAGUCUCUUUUGAAGUGAGAGUUCUCAAGCAUAUGAGAACUGAAUUCUUUCUUCUUUGAAAUAACCCAUCUGGAUUUUAUAGUUGCUUGUUUUAACUUACAAUUCUAUAGCUGAAGGAAAAUUUGUAUCCAGAAAUCCGGGAAUUCGAGUAAUAAUUGAGUUAGUAACAUUGCAUUU